GGCACUUUCUCCACCACCGUUGCAAAACCCUAUAAUGUCUCUAAACCUCGCCGGCGACACCGCCGCCGCCGCCGUCCCCUCCUCCGGCGACUCCGCCGGAUGGAUCCAGGAGGCGAUCAAUGGUGGCUCCCUCCGCCUUGUCGAUCUCCACUCUGGAUCCAACGGCUGGGCCUCCCCACCUGGCGAUCUCUUCUCUCUUCGCGGCAAAAACUACCUUUCUCGCCGUCAGAAGGUCCCCGCCGGCGACUGGCUCCUGAGACCCGCCGGCGUCGACUGGCUCCGCUCUCCGUCGCGGCUCGAUGAUGUCCUCGGCCGCCCUGACAACCGCGUCAUGGCUGCCCUUCGCCGAGCCCAAUCCUCUGGAAAAUCUAUGAAAUCCUUUAUCGUCGCCGUAAAUCUCCAGGUCCCUGGCCGCGAAGCCCAUUCCGCCGUCUUCUACUUUGCCGCCGAGGACCCGAUCCCGCCCGGAUCCCUCCUCUACCGCUUCAUCCAUGGCGACGAUGCCUUCCGCAACGCAAGGUUCAAAAUUGUGAAUCGGAUUGUGAAGGGCCCGUGGAUUGUGAAGACCGCCGUCGGGAACUACUCCGCCUGCCUCCUCGGCCGGGCUCUGACGUGCAAUUACCACAGAGGUGAAAGCUACCUCGAGAUCGACGUCGACAUUGGGAGCUCCGCGAUCGCGAGUGCUAUUUUGCGGCUGGCCUUGGGGUGCGUGACGGCGGUGACAAUCGACAUGGGGUUCCUGGUGGAGGCGCAGGCGGAGGACGAGCUACCGGAGAAGCUCUUCGGGGCCGUGAGAGUGGCGCAGAUGGAGAUGAGCUCCGCCACCUUCGUCGACGACGCCCGGCCAAGGGUCGAGAGGAAUAACUUCCGGGGAGCAGCGAGGGUGAAACACCACGGCGAUCGGACGGCUGUGCUUGGUGAUGCGGAUGCCGAUGAGCAAUCCUAGCCCUUUGAUUCAUUCUCUCGCAUUUCAGGUCAAGCUUUUCUGAGAACCAUGUCUUGGUCACAUUGUUGUGUGAUGAUAGCAUAUUCUUCACAUAAAAAAA